AUGGCCGAGACUAUCAGUAUCACAGUGGAAAACGCGAAAUGCGUUGCAAAUUUAGGGAAAACAGAUGGAAGGUUGCGACUUGGAGAGUUCCUUGGCUGGACAAUGGCUGAUUUUGAUGAAGAUGCUCAGAUGAGAGAAUCAAUUCUUCUUGAUUUUCUUUAUGAGAGUCUCAUGUUUGGAGCUCAGAAGGGCGUCCCAUGGUCACAAAUACCAGCCCUUGUACAGGUUGCAUCAGAGUUUCAGAAAGGAACAAUUGGUCAACCACUCUCGGCAGCAAUCAAGAUCUACAGAGAAAUCUCACAGAGGUACCUGAAUGAGAAUGCAAUAAGUGAGAGCAACCUUAGACUCUUUACCAGUCACUUGUUUGAAACCUACAUGGCUCACUAUCAACUCUACCAGAUUGUAUUCACCACAGAGAGGGAACCAAUGACUGUCAAGCAACAUCUAGAUGUCCUGCCUCCACCCGAAACGUAUCCUCUUGAUGAGGCCAAACCACUGAAUAUUUGGGAAUAUGAGAGAAAGAUGAGUGAAAUAGAGGAGGAAGAGAAGUCGAGACUGAAUCAGAUCAAGCUAGAAGAAGAAACUAUUCUCAAUGAUAUAGAUGAGAAACAACCCUUCAAGGACACCAAAGACACAGUCCUGGACAGACAGCAAGUAUCUGAGUUGAUUAACGAUGCGAUCCAGCAUCACACCUCGCAGACCGAGAAGCUUCUCCAGACGAGGGUCGAAGGUACGCUGGAGGACCUCUCAUUCUACCUUGAGAAGACUGCCCUGCCACGCCCAGAGCACCUCGGCCCACCCCCAAGGACCAAAGAACCACCCAGGAUGUCGGCAAAGAGCAGGGCUGGUGGCAAGCUGGGCUCCGACGGCAUGCCUUCAGCCAAGUCAAAGAAAUCCAAGAAAUCUGCAAAGACAAAGUGAAAAUGGAGAGAGCAAUUCAUGAAGGGAAAAUAUUCUGCCUGUAUUCCGAAUACCAGAUCAAUUUUAUUGUCAUUUGAUAAUUCUGUGGUUUGAUUAUGGUUAAAUGGAUAUGACACAAAUCUAUAACAAUAGUCUCAAUUUAUACUGUUUGGCGCUCAAAUCCUUAGGAAUUGAAAAAAAAGAAUUGUUUUCUUCACAAUUGAAGCAUGGCAAAAUGGCAGUAUAGAAACAUAAAAUACUCACUUUUUUUAUACAUAUUUGGCUUUCCAUACCUUUAUCAGACUAGUGAUCCUUUCUUACA